AAAAAAGACAAGAAGUCAGUGAUACAGCAAACCAUGUUUGUGAGUGUGUGAGGACGGGAGGGAGGAAGAGAGUCCACCAGUCUUCUCAGAAAGCCCCUCACUUUCUCAACACUUGGACAGAGGGAACUGAUACUGCGCCUGGACCACUGUGAAUGUGUUGUUUGAGUGUCCUGUCUCCACUCCAGAGCUUUGUGGAUUGAACUGUGCCUGAACAUGACUGAUGGGACUUCGUAACACACUCCUCAUGGUGCAGAACGCAAACUGAGUUACUCAAGUUACCGGCUUCCUCCUGUUGUUAUGAGCCCUGUGGUUUCUGUGCAGCGCUCUUAGGGCGCUCCCACGCUCCCCCAAAGAGAAAAAUAGGAAGGAAAACAGCGAUAAGCAUUUCACUGCCACAAAGAAGUGGGAGAAGCAUGCUUUGUUUAGCCCCACGUCUCCUGGGUGUCUUCAUGCUGGGAAGCAUACCUUUAACGUUUGCAAAAAUGUUUGCCACUUUUGCAUGCCUUUUUGGCUGUUUCUUUUGUGUUUUCUGGACAAAAGCUUCCUCUUUUUCUCCAAUAAGGUGGUGGAGAGGCCGAGGUGGUGAGAAAAUUGGAAACAGAGCCACCCACUGUGGAUGCUCUAAAAUUUCCCACAGAGGGCACAGCAGAGAGGAGAAGUGUAAGCUUUCACUGAAAGCCCAAGAGAAAACUCAAGUUCAUCAUUCAUCAGUGACAGAUAGUAGAUGCAGAUGUGCUGUCCUUCAUCUCCUAAUAAACUCACAGUGGAUGGAAUCAGCCCCUCUGGGAAGACCAUAGAAACAAACCGGGCACCAUACUUCACUACUGUGACAGGAAAUAUUUCACCAUUUGUCCUCCUUGGUGUAAGGAAUUCUGGAGGCAGUGCAGCAACUCAGAAAGGAGUUGACUCACAUGGUUUUUCCACGGCGCUGUCAGUGUCCUGCACGGCGUUCCUUCCCAUGGACCUCAGGGUGGGAGAGCGGGGGAUGCGCCCUGGUUCGGACACAGCGCUCCUCACCCCGCUGCACCAACCUUUACUCCUUACAACCUUCUCCCCACAAGCCCGCAGCACCUUCUCCCAGCAGCAGCUACAUCAGCAAAUCAGGUUUAAUAUGGAGCAGAGGAGGCAAGAGCAGGAGCACCAUGAGAAACAACAAGAACUACAGCAGCUAAAGCACAAAGACAGAAGUCAGCAGAGUGCUGUGGCGAGUUCAGCUGUGAAACAGAAACUCCAGGAGGUGAUUCUCAAGAAGCAGAAACAGGCGGCGCUUGAAAGAACAAACUCAAACGCUCUGAAUGCACUUCCUGUACCAUACAGAAAGCUUGGCCCAGACCCUAAUGUACCCUCCCAGCCUCUGGUCUCAUCUCCACCAAAGCCUCCAUCUGAGGGCUUGGAGGGGACACCACUGCGCAGAGCAGCAUCGGAGCCCAACCUAAAGGUGAAGCACAAGCUGAAGAAUCACCUAAAAACCCGAAAGAGUCCGCUUACCCGCAAGGAAAGCGCCCCGCCCACCGUCAAGCACAGAGCACCGGACACGUUGGACUCUUCCCCCAGCAGCAGCAGCACUCCGGUCUCUGGCUGUAGUUCUCCUAAUGACAGUCUGCCCAAUGAGAAUGGACUGCUGCCAUCUGCAGGCGGCCCUUUGCAUGAAGCUCAGAAGCUGCUGCUCAGAGAUGGCACCCUGUCAAACUUCACCAUCCAGAAUCCAUCCACUCUACCUACCAUCACACUUGGACUGCCAGUCAACCCAAGGGCUGAAGUAGAGCUCUCCUCGCUGAAAGUCGGUCGUAUUCCCGUGGUCACCGCCGGGGGCUCGCCUGUCUUCCUCCCCCUCAGCAGAGACGAACAAGCAGGGCAGAUGAACCCGCACUUGCCUGUUAUCAUCCUGGAGCCUUCUGGGCUCAUGCGCACUCUCGGAGCAGUUCCGGGCCUCGACCCUGUCCCUUUGCAGUUUGCUCCGCAGUUAGACCGUCUGUCCCCAGGUGGCAUUCAGCCCCAUAAGCCCUUAAGCAGAACCCGCUCUGAGCCCCUUCCCCAGAGCCCUCGUGCCCUUCACAACCAUCUCCUCCAACAGCAGCACAAUGCACAGCUGCUCGAGAGGCUCAAACAGCAGACUCACCUGGGCAAGCUGAUGUCAAAGACCAGCGACAAGCCCAGACUGCAUCAGAUCCCAUCUGAGGAUAUGGAUUCCGAGGAUGGUGGUGGGACUUCACCCACCGAGACCAGUUACCAGAGCAGAGUGCGAGCGGAGUCGCUGAGAGAGGCAGAGCCAGCUCGAUCCAAGGCCCACGAAGAGCAAAUCAACCUACAACAUGCACUCAUACUCAACCAGUCAUUGCUAUAUGAACAGCAGAAGCAGCUGCAGCAGAUGCAUCAACAAAUGGAAACCCUGGCUGUGCCUGUGUUUCGCAGCAGCAGCAGCGGCGGUGGGGCAGCUUGUGGGUUGGGCGUCCAUCGGGCCCUGUCACGUACACGCUCUUCCCCGGCCUCCACUUCGCUGACUCCGCCUGAGACUGCCCUGAGCCUGACCGCACAAGACUGUGCCAGCAAGCCCCGCUUCACCACCGGGUUGGUAUAUGACUCUCAGAUGCUAAAACACCAAUGUGCAUGUGGAGAUAACAGCAGUCACCCAGAGCAUGCUGGGAGAAUACAGAGCAUCUGGUCACGGCUGCAAGAGAGAGGCCUGAGAGGGCAGUGUGAGAGUAUUCGAGGUCGUAAGGCCACUCUGGAGGAGCUGCAGUCUGUCCAUAAUGAGCGCCACGUGUUGCUUUAUGGCACAAACCCACUUAACAGACUGAAACUGGACAACCGCAAACUGGCUGGAAUCCUCUCGCAAAGGAUGUUUGUGAUGUUACCAUGCGGCGGAGUUGGGGUGGACAAUGACACCAUCUGGAAUGAGUCGCACACUUCCACAGCAUCACGGAUGGCAGCGGGCAGCGUCGUUGAGCUGGCUUUCAGGGUGGCUAAAGGAGAGCUCAAGAACGGCUUUGCUGUAGUCAGACCGCCAGGACAUCAUGCUGACCCGUCCAGUCCAAUGGGCUUUUGUUAUUUUAAUUCUGUGGCCAUAGCUGCCAAGCAGCUCCAGCAGAAGCUCAAUGUCAGCAAGAUCCUCAUCGUUGACUGGGAUGUUCACCAUGGUAAUGGCACCCAGGAGGUGUUUUACAGCGACCCCAGCGUUUUGUACAUUUCUCUUCAUCGCUACGACGACGGAAACUUCUUCCCUGGCAGUGGUUCACCUGCAGAGGUUGGUUCUGGUGCUGGCGAGGGCUUCAAUGUGAACUUAGCAUGGACUGGAGGACUGGAGCCACCCAUGGGAGAUGCAGAGUACCUUGCUGCGUUCAGGUCUGUGGUGAUGCCCAUUGCCCAGGAGUUCUCUCCAGAUGUCGUCCUGGUGUCGGCCGGGUUCGACGCCGCUGAGGGAAACCCUGCUCCGCUGGGAGGGUACAAAGUCUCUGCCAAAUGUUUUGGCUUCCUGACCCGCCAGCUGAUGUCUCUCGCCGGCGGCCGCCUGGUUCUGGCGCUUGAGGGAGGUCACGACCUCACAGCUAUCUGUGAUGCCUCUGAAGCCUGCGUCAGUGCACUGCUGGGCAUACAGGAUGCAAUCCCAGAGGAUGUUCUGCUCCAGAAACCCAACGCCAACGCAGUCCACUCCCUCCAGACUGUCAUUGAAAUACAAAGUCAGUACUGGCAGAAUGUCAAGGCCCACAGUAGAUCGGUGGGUCUGUCAUAUGUGGCCGUUCAAAAUAAAGACUGUGAGGAAACAGAUGCUGUAAACGCUUUGGCGUCACUCUCUGUGGGAGUCAUGUCCAACAAGAGGCUCCUUGAUGACCCCAUGGAGCAUGACAGUGACUCCAUGUAGGAGAAUCUACAGAACUCACCUUCAAGAAGUGUGCCUCACCAGCAAUGACAAUUUUUUGCAAUGACAAUGAGCCCCCCCCCCACUCCACACCAGUUAGCCUUCUUCACACUCAAGUACACCAGCCGGCACAUGAUGCUGAAACUCAAAUCUGGUAACCACUUGUAGCACUACCUACAUCUGAGAAACCUUCGGAAACCUCACCAAAGAGCAACACAAGUCUAUUCUAACAGACUUAUCAUCUCUUCUGACUGGACUGACAUUCCAUGCAAAGAGCCAUGUGACAUAAAAACACGCUGAAACAGACAGAUUGCAGUUCUGGAGAUCAGCUCUGAUACUCCUUGAAGCACUGUGCACCAGCAGCUGAUUUAAUGCCUUAACUUCCCCUUUUUGUAAAGCCCAUCAUCAGGUUUCAUGGUGAGCAGACUUUCAAUGACAAACUCUCUUCUCUUCUGCCACUUUGCUUCACCCGUGAGAGCUGAAGCAAAAGCUGACCAAACAGGAUACUAAACUAACCUACUGUGUGACAUCAGGUGACAACUCAUAUGCUUGACGGAUAAACACGAAAUAAUAUCACAAGAAGAAGGAAGGAUAGAACCACAAGAAGUAUACUGAGACAGUUUAACCACUAAACCAUGACAGUAAAGAACUCAAGGAAAUGAGAGUGAAUGAAGACACAAAAUGGACAACUGUGGUUUUUAUUAAAAAAAAACAACAAAGAACAACUGUCCUUUGUUGUUUUAUUGCACUGUUCAUUCCUUAAUGUGAACCAUAAGAAAUUCCAAAGCUCUGGGAUCACACAAUUCCUCUUUGUAGUUUUUUUUUCCAAGAUCUGGAUAAAAUAGUGUUUAUUUUUUUUCCAAAUCUUAUUUUGUUUCUUACUCACUCUUUUUAUGCAGGCCGAAAUACUGUAGAGUUUUAUUUCCUGCAAAGUAAACCAUAAAAGAGUUUAUUUUUUCCACUGCUGUUCAGUGUCUUAUUCUGUCUUGUAUACAGACAUAAAACUCAUUCCGACAUGUACAAAGCAAAGAUGAACUAUUAUUGUACCACUAGUAUUGAAUGAUAUAUGUUAAUGUUUAUUUUUGAGACUAAAGGUGUGAUCAUUCCACCCUGGCACCACUGAAGAUUACUGUGUUGUUUUAUAUAGGCAGUACUGUUGCUGCACUUAACACGAAAAGAGAUGCACCGAUCAGAUUUCCGUGGCCGAUUUCCGAUCUCCGAUUUUUGUAAAACUCUCACCAGCUAAUACAGAUUUUACCCAAUUACAUUUUCUGUUGAAAACCUACACUUUUUAAUUUUAUUUAUUUCAGCAAACAGAAACAAACAGACAUAAUGGCUGCAAGAUCAAAUGCAACAACUACAAAAUCGCUCACCCAAAAAUAUAAGUACAGUGUUGACAUGACAUUGAUGAUGUUGGGACCAUAAAAAUAGCGCCAAUUCACAACACAUGUUGUCUCAAGACACAUUAUAAAGACAGUUAAAUCGAAUCAUACAGAUUCCAAGUCAAGUAAAUAAAUUUCAAUAAAUCCUAGUUAUCAAACAAUGCAAAUUCAAUUUUUUAUUUAUAUUGGCUAAAAGGUUUUAUAUCUAAGGAGAAAUGGUCUUUCAACAUGUUACUGGAAGUUUGCUAAUUUUUAGGUUUCUACUCUUACAUAACAACUUCCACACCGAAGAGAGUUGUAAUUAGUGCAACCAGUUGGUGCUCAUAUGUGGUGGGUCAAUUGAGCUAAAAAUCUGACGAUUCCAGUCACAAGCCGGUUUCUCAGUGCAUCUCUACACACGACCCAAAGAAAAUCUGCCUUAAUGCAACCUACUCUUGGCAAGGGGACUACUUUAUGGGAGUGACAUGAGACAGGUCUAACUUUUGGAUUUGCUUCACAUAUGCAGUCUUUUCUAAAUUGUUUGUUUGUGAGUACAAUGAUUUAAGAAUGGGUUGGUUUUUUUUUUUACAUCAUCUUUUCAAAAACAGUCUCGCUUUAAUCUAGCAAACAGGUUUUGUUUGUUGUAGAAAAAAAAUUUGUGAUUUUUCAUGUCAUGUUAUGCCAUGGAAGCUAAUACAAUUUGUGCAUUUGAUGGUUUUUGUGACCUCGCUCUGUUCAGGACUUUGCAUUCCAAACCUAAAGAAAACAAGAUUGUGUUUUUAGUUUUGUUGUGUAAUAAAAUGGAGUUAGUCAAACUUUGUUUAAUGCAUCCUAUGUUAGACCAGGUUUGGAUGAGCCGUAUUAUUGUUGGUUUAGACGAGAGCUGCAGGUGGCUGAGUGUAAUUUCUGGACAAAAAAGUUCAAACUUCUCAUAGUGUGCACUUCUAGACACUAAACUCCUAAAAUUAAUUCUGGCAAAUGUGGCUGGCUAGUUUCUGUUUGCAAGUUUUUCCUCGGAAAUCCUAAUAUUUUAAGCUUCUAAGAAAAUUUGACAGUAUAGUUAUGUUUAACUCCUCCUGUGUUAAGAUAUGAAAGAGAUUUGAACUGAAGAAAAUAUCUGUUUGUCAUUCAGGCAGAAACUGCGCCGGGAUUUCUUGUAAUCAAACCCUGCAAAUUUUCUUCCUAGCAUAAUCCCUCAAAUCUUCUUUUUCCUUAAAUAAAGUCAGAAGAUAAACAUAUUUAUGAUCUUGGUGCAGCAAAGGUUGGGCUGUUUAGCAGAACUGAGAUGUGUCUGUUUGCAGAGAGCCUUGCUGUUUUGUAAUGGCAGUCUUGUUGGAGUUUGUUCCUAAUUCUUUUAAGCAGGAGGUGUCAGCAUUGAAACAAAACGCUGCGUCUGGCUUAUCCAGCAUGGCCAGCAACUGCAUGUCGUCUAUGAGGUAAAUGACGGCUGUGAUGUAUAGCGAGCAAGCCAGGGUCAGUUGUUGAUUGUGUGUGCACUUCUGUCAUGUGUUUUGUGCAUGCGUUUGCAAGUAUUAAAGUGUCUGAUUGUUUCCAUCAAAUGCUGUAAAUGACAUCUGUAUAAUACUAGUAUAUGUCUUACGAAGAGGCUGGUUCUGCCUCAGCUCUGAAUUCCUUUCAUUACUGAUGUAAUUUGUACAUUCUUCUUAAAGAAAGACGCUGUAAAUAGAUACUCUUGAGACCAAAAUACACGUCACACGUGUGCCUUGAUGCAUUCAGUAGCAUGUGUAUUGGUAGUUUUUAACUAACUGGACUUACAGUAACUUUGUAUCUCAAACAUGACAUUGAAAUCUUUGUUUCAUUCUUACAUAACUUGUAUUUUCAUUCACAUUUCCUACCAAGUGUAUGUAUAGAAAGAUUGUCUAUUUUAUACUUUUUGCCUUUUCUUCUUGAUUAAAAAAUGUUCUGCUCUAAA